GGCCUCCGAUGCCGACGAUGACAUGGAGAUUGUGGUUCCAAACACCUAUCAAGGCGGCGUCGAUCUUCCACCCGAAGAAGAGGAGGAGAUCGGUGCAGACGACGACGAAAUCGACGAAGAUCACGACCAUGACGACGACGAAGAGGAGGAGGAAGGCGAAGAGGACGGGGCCGUUGAGGGCGCUGCUCCGACCAUCGACUUUGACGACGGCGAUGCCAUGUGGGUCGAUGCCGAAGAUGAUAUGAACGUUGACCGACGAACAGAGGAUCAAAGCGAAGGAGACGAUGGCGACCAUGACCUUGGCGUUGGUGCGGACGGCGUCCGCCAACGCAAUGAUUCCGACGGACUCUUUGACUUGACGAACGACGACAUUGAAGAAGAAGAGGAGGACGAGGAGGACGAGAGCGAGGAAGAAGACGAGGACGACGGUGCCUAUGAAUUUAUCGAGGAGUUUGGCGAACAGCCCGACGACGGCGACGAGGGCACUCACCACGAGAUUCCGCUCCACAGUGCAACCUUCCGUAGCAUCCAGCGAAACCUCAUGGCUCUUGAUAACCACAUGCAUCAUCAUCUGCAUUCUGAGCCGAUUGCUCGAGUUGCUAUGCCCAACGAGAUUUCGCUGCUACACCCCCUCCUGAUCAACCCUUCCCGCAACCAACCGGGCGACCUUCGGAUCGGGAUGCCCCCGAGACGCAGCCGCGAAACGAUCCGGCGUCGAGUCCCCGGGCUCCUGAACGGCCUUGGCAGCUUCCAUCCAGACAACGUGGCCGAAGUCAUGGAGGAGAUUCUGUCGCGCGCACAGCGCAUGGGAUCAAACGGAGAAGUCUUUGUUGAGGUCCCUGACACCUUCUUGACCGGAACGGCUCAUCAAGAACUGCGCGGCCGCCUCAUCGGCGCCGAGCGGGCUGUGCUUGCCAUCCCUGAGCCGCCUCCGAUCUCAGAUGUCCUCGCAUCGGCCCAGUCACUGCUCGUUACAGGAAGCAUGGAGCGAUGGGCCCAGGAAGCGAUGCUGCUCUAUGGAACCACCGCACUCGAGACGGCGAUGAAGGUCUCGGAUGCGCUCUUGGAUCGGCUCGUGCCACUGGCUGAGCAGGAAGUAGAGCGCAAGCGCUUGAUACAGGAGAAGCUGAAUGAGGAGAAAGCCCGCGAGGAAGCACAGCGGCGCGCCGAGGAAGAGAAACGGCGCAACGAAGAAGAGCAGCGACUCACCGAAGAGAAGAGGCGUGCGGAGGAGCAGGAAGCCGAGAAGCGAGAAGCCGAGAGGCUUGCGGCCGAGCAGGAAGGCGCCAUCGCCGGUCCGUCCCAGAUCACCCCCGACGCCGCGCCCUCAAACUCGGCCACUGAAGUUGCGGCCGCAGCUGUGCCAACCCAGCCCGCCACAGAGGAGCAAGUCAUCGUUACGGUCUUUGGAAACGAGUAUAACAUCACUGGUACCGGCAUCGACCCAACUUUUUUGGCUGCACUUCCCGAGGACCUGCAGGAAGAAAUCAUCCGCGAGCAUCUCCGUGAACAGCGCCUCUCGCGUCCGCCGGUGCAGCCCUCGUCUGACAUUGGACCAGAGUUCCUUAGUGUGCUGCCCGAGGAGCUCCGUUUCGAGGUUCUGGCCCAGGAGCGCGCAAGUGGCUCCAGUGCGGCCGGUGAAGCGACCACCGGCCAGGGUAGCGGCUUGCACGGCUUCCCCCCUUCCUUCCCGACUCCCUUUGGCCAGCCUCCGUUCAUGGAGUCGAGCGUCCCGUACAUCAGUGAGCUCACCAACUCACUCCUGCGAGGAUCUACCGACGCCUCGGAUCGUGUCAGACAUCUCUUCCAACCGGCGCAUAUUUCCAUCACUGGAGGCUUCCGGCCGGCCAAAAAAGCCUCCUCCGGCUCCAAGGCCACCCGCCGUGAGCCCAUCCAGCUUGUAGAGAAGCCCGGACUGAUGAACCUGCUUCGGCUGCUGUUUGUGCCGGAGCCUCCCAAGAAGCAAGUCAUUCUCAAGAUAUUGGUCAACUUUUGCGAAAACAGCAAGAGCCGAACCGACCUGAUGGUCCUGCUCCUGACGAUGCUUGCCGAGGGCAGUGUCGAAGUCUCCACAGUCGACAAGGGUCUCUCGCAGCUCUCGAUCAAGGCCAAGAUGAAGCAAACCACACCCAAGAAAGGAGGCGGGGCACCAAGCGCCGCUGCCCAGCCCUCGCCGCUGCCGCCGUCGGCUUCGAUCAGCCUGGGUAGCCUCGAGAGCAUCCCUCAUUUGCUUGCCCAGCGAAGUCUCGAGGCACUGAUCCACCUUGUUGAGCUGAAUCAGCGCAUGGCCCAGUUCUUUGUGGUCGAGGACGAAAGCUUUAGCCAGCUCAACUCCAAGCCCAGUAAGCCGGUGACGCCGAAGCGGGCCAAGGGCAAGGAAAAGCCUCAGCCCACUUCGCCCAGCUACCCGCUGAUUUCGGUGCUGCUGCUGCUCGAAAAGCCCCUGUUCCGGUCCAAUCCUCGGCUGAUGGAGCAGCUGAUGCAUCUGCUUGCAAUCAUUCUCAAGUCAUUGGCUAUUCUCAAGGAAAAGGCCGACCAAGGUGCACAGGGCUCGACAGGCGGGCCUUCGACAGCGCCUGCUGCCUCUGGCACGGUGGCUGUCGCCGGUCCUUCAACCGCCACUGGAACAAAUGUGGAGGCCCCAGUUGCAUCGUCGUCAUCCACGGCUCCCGUCGAAAGCGUCGGACAGCCCAGUACCGCAGCUCAGCGAGACGACGCCAUCCUGGCCUCCAUCCCAGAGUCGUAUCUCCGGAGCGUAAUUGAUGUUCUUACAGCCGGAGAGUGCACCAGCCGCACGUUCCAGAACAUCAUUUCGGUGAUUCGCCAUCUGUCUCGAGCGGACCGUAACCUGGAGCUUUUCACCAAGAAGCUGCGCGAAUCGGCCCAGCAGCUUGCCGAUCACAUGCUGCAGGACCUUGAGAGACUUCAGUCGGCCCUGGCCACCACCAGCACGGCGGGGGUCCCCGAUGAGACCAUCGUCGACACCUUCUCGUCGCCAACAAGCCAUCAGUCCAAACUCUUGCGUAUCUUCAAAACAAUCGACUUUGUCUAUUCCAAGACCCCAAGCAAGCCAACCGGCGAAAAAGGCGCCAGCGAACCACCUGUUUCCUUUGAUGGCCAGGCAUUGAUGGGCAUCUACGACGGAUUGGUUCUUGCGCAGCUGUGGACCAAGCUGGGCGUGUGUUUGGCGGCCAUCAACGACAGCCCCGAACUUAUCAGCAUUGCCACCAUCUUGCUUCCGACAAUCGAGUCCUUCAUGGUCGUCUCCAAGCCCUAUGUGCUUACUCUCGAGCAUCGCAGUGCCAGUGGGACGGGCAGCUCGGCCAAGACCCACGCGAACGAGGAUCACUUUGUCAAGUUCACCGAGACACAUCGCAAGCUGCUGAACAUCAUGGUGCGCAACAACCCGUCGCUUAUGAGCGGCUCGUUUGCGCUCCUCGUCCAAAACCCAAAGAUGCUCGAGUUCGACAACAAGCGGACGUACUUCAACCAGCAACUGCACAAGAAAACAAACCGGAUCCACUCCGGGUCGCUGCCCAUCACGGUGCGCCGCCAAUAUGUCUUUGAGGAUUCGUACAAUCACCUGCGUGACAAGAGCGGCGAUGACGUCAAGUACGGCAAGCUUAAUGUCCGGUUCAAGGACGAGGAGGGAGUCGAUGCCGGCGGUGUGACGCGCGAGUGGUUUUCUGUUCUUGCCCGCCAAAUGUUCAACCCAGACUAUGCGCUAUUCAAGUCGUCGGCAGUCGACCGAGUGACCUACCAGCCCAAUCGCUCCUCGGGCGUCAACCCGGAGCACCUCUCGUACUUCAAGUUUGUGGGACGUAUCAUUGGAAAAGCCAUCUACGACGGACGGCUGCUUGAUUGCUAUUUCACCCGGUCUUUCUACAAAUGCAUGCUUGGCAUCCCUGUGGACUACAAGGACAUGGAGGCGAUUGAUCCUGAGCUCUACAAGUCCUUCGAGUGGAUCCUGUCGAACGACAUCACCGACGUGCUCGACCUGACCUUCAGCUACGAAACGGACGAGUUUGGUAUCCACAAGGUCGUCGACCUCAAGGAAAACGGCCACAGCAUCCCCGUGACCGACACGAACAAACACGAAUACGUCACUCUGACGGCCCAGCAGCGCCUGGUUGUGGCCAUCCAGCAGCAGAUCAACGCCUUCCUGGCCGGCUUCCACGAAAUCAUUCCCCGGGAUUUGGUCAAGAUCAUGAACGAGCAAGAGCUCGAGCUCCUCAUCUCGGGGCUGCCUGACAUCGACAUCGAUGAUUGGAAAAACAACACCGAGUACCAGAACUACACCCCGGCUUCACCACAGAUCCAGUGGUUCUGGCGGGCUGUGCGCAGCUUCACCCAGGAGGAGCGAGCCAAACUCAUCCAGUUUGCCACCGGCACGUCCAAGAUCCCGCUCGAAGGCUUUGCGCACAUCCAGGGCUCGAACGGCAUCCAAAAGUUCCAGAUCCACAAGGACUUUUCGUCAACAUUGCGGCUGCCCUCGGCGCACACUUGCUUCAACCAAAUCGAUCUCCCCCAGUACGAGUCGUACGAGCAGCUGCGGUCCAGUCUGCUCACAGCCAUUUCAGAAUGCGGAACCGGAUUCGGACUGGCUUAGAUGCGAUGAUGCGUCGACAGGGCUGCUCGCCAUUCGGGCCGAUGUUUGCAUGCCAUACCUGUUUUGAGUUCCACGGAAGGCCGCGGGAUAUAUUACGAGUUUCACGGCGUUCACGAUUGAACGGGGCACCUUGUUUUUGAUCAAAGGGCUUGCUCCUGAAUAUACACAUUCCAUCAAACCA